AUGUUGCCAAGAAAUUGUAUCCAUCUGCUUUUGAUAUGCCUCAAGUUGGUCUGGCACUUUGCGUACGGACAAAAUCUUAACAACACCGCUACAUGGUGCACAAUAUCCGAGGCUGAACAGAACAAGUGUAAUGCAUUUUCACGGGCAGUGGAUCGUGAAAUAGCAUUCUUUGGACAUAACUAUAUUUCUUUGCAAUGCAAACAAGCAUUUAAUAAGGAAGAAUGCAUGAUCAUGCUGGAUCAAGAGAAGGCUCAGAUAACCACGCUGGAUGCUGGUGAAAUUUUUAUAGCAGGACGGUAUCACAGCUUGAUACCAUUCAUGCAGGAAAUAUAUGAGACUAAAGUCGGUUAUCAGUACACGGUUGCAGUUAUUAAAAAAGGAUCACUGUCAGAUGUUCAGACUUUGCAUGAUCUAAGAGGCAAAAAGGCCUGUUUUGCUGGUCUUGGAAUGCUUGCCGGUUGGGUCAUGCCAAUUCAUACUCUCAUGAGACAAGGUGGACUAGAGAUCAUAGACUGUAACAAUCACGUGAAAUCCGCUAUUAAAUUCUUUGGACCUAGCUGUGCCGUAAAUUCAUUAAUAGAUAAAUAUAAUCCACUGGGAGAUAAUUCUGAUCAGUUGUGUAAAUUAUGUAUCGGGAAGAUACCCACUGAAAGAUGUACCACCUCGGAUCCUUACGCCGGAUACGAAGGAGCAUUUAGAUGUUUGGUAGAGGCAGGGGAAAUCGCAUUCUUAGUGCAUACGACCGUCGAGGAAAUGACAUCGACCACAUUUGACUUCAAUUCGGUAAAGAAAGACCAGUUUGAAUUGCUCUGUCGCGAUGGUACUCGCAAACCCGUUGACGAUUAUAAAACCUGUAAUUGGGGUAUCGUUCCAUCGCGCGCUAUCGUAACAUCGUCCGCUACAAAUAUCGAGACCCGUCGACUCUAUCAGCGAUUUUUAGAGAAAGCAGUUCGAAUAUUGGGCAAUCGUAGUGCAAGAAAUUCGACAGAAUUUAAUGACAAUCGCUUUGAGAAUCGGCCAGACUACAAUAACAGAUUUGACGAUAAUAAUUUUAAUAGGAGCGAUCGUGUCAGGCCGUACGAAUAUAGCAUUGAAAAUAAUGAAAAUCGUAACGGAUACGGAAGAAAUUACAACGGAAAUGAACUUUCACGGGAUCGAACAGAAUCGACGGACAUACAACCGAUAGAAACCUUCGAUCUGUUCGAAUCCGCGCCUAGAUACGGAAUGCAUCGUAAUUUAAUGUUUUCCGAUUCAGCGCGGGACUUCGUUCAAUUACUCGAGAAGGAUCAAAUAUACACCGCUUACUUAGGCAGAUCUUUAGAUCCAAUAAUGGAAAUUCGUCGCUGCCCUGUCAGUAAAAUGACGUUAUGCAUUACAUCCGAUCCGGAAAUGGAAAAAUGUAUAAAAAUGAAGAUAGCACUAAAAGCGCAAUUGUUGAAGCCCGAGUUAAUCUGCUACAAAGGUCAUAGUCAUAUACACUGCAUGCAGGCAAUACAGACAGGAACCGCCGAUGUAGCGGUACUAGACACCAGCGACGUAUAUACUGCCGGUUUGCGUUUCGACUUGAUUCCGUUCAUAUCCGAAGUUUACAACUUGCCUACACCGGAAUACUACGUGGUCGCCGUAGCGAAAGAAGAGGACGAUAACACGGACUUGACUUAUCUUAAGAAUAAGAAUACUUGUCACACAGGAAUCAAUACUGCCGCCGGUUGGGUCUAUCCGCUUGCAUAUCUACUCUCUAACACUUGGAUUCGGGGCUACGGUUGCGAUUCGGUUCGCGCCGCUGCCGAGUAUUUCAGCAAGUCUUGCGUUCCCGGCGCUCUCAGCACCGAGUACAACAUAGGAGUGCCAUACGACAACAUGUGCGAUCUGUGUCACGGCGCGAGUUAUCGCUAUUGCCGCAGGGACGCGUCUGAGGAUUACUACGGUUACACGGGUGCCUUUAGGUGUUUGGUCGAAGGAGGAGGAGACGUGGCUUUCGUGAAACACACGACGGUCGCGGAGAAUACUGACGGAAAACGGCGAGAAACCUGGGCGCGUAAUACCUUUACAAAGGACUUUGAACUGCUUUGCCCGGACGGCACUCGUCGACCAUCCACUGAUUACGAGCAUUGCAAUCUAGGAAAAGUAGCGGCGAACGCAAUAGUAACGCGUGGUGGAUACUACGGGCAUAAUGAGACACAAAUAAAUGCUUACAUAAAUUUAUUUAUUUACGCUCAACAAUUUUACGGCAGAAGAGAACAGGACGAAUUUAGUUUUAGCAUGUUUUACAGUCAGCCGCCUUACAGCGAUCUGAUAUUCCAAGACGCGACGCAACAGUUAAUGGUGAUACCACCGGAAAAGAGAGAAUUCAGCGCGUAUUUAGGGCCAGAUUUUAUGAGAGCUAGGAGAAUCGUCGACUGCGCCGCCGGCGCGUCGACUAUCGAACAUUCGAUACUGGCCACGUUACUUACGAUUGCGCUCAGUUACAUAUUCAGUAGAUAAGUGAAUCACUUAGCUUCUUCCCAAAUUAUAUAAUCUGUAAUAGAAGAAGCGCAGUAGUUUGUAUUAUGCAUUAGCUUACGUAUUUUCAGAUUUAAGUCUCGUCCGUCCAUUUCAGAGAACUUUACACCAUUUUAAUGCAUGUAUUAAUUAUAUGUACAGUUUAUGCCGUCCAUUAAUACUUUUUUAAUAAAGGAGAUUUAUAAAUUUUUA